AUGGGUGAGCCCUCUUCAUCAUCGAAACCAAAAACCUCAACAACACCCCACCAAUCCAUUAUCCUCGGCGAGGAGGAAGAUCCUAGCUCACCGGUUUCCCUCCUCAUCAGGUUCGCAAUCUCACUCCCGGAUCUGCCCAUCUACGUGCCGGCCGCAGCCAAUACCUCCGUCUCGACGCUAAAGUCGCACGUCCGCUCCCUACUCCCGCCCGAGCAGUCCAAGCGCAGACUGCGACUUAUCCACGCGGGAAAGGUCCUCACCGAUUCGGCUACCCUCGCCUCGCAAUUACACAUCCCCUCCGCCCCACCACCGCCGCCGAGGGGUGAUGACAGGAAAGGGAAGGGGAAAGGGAAAGGGAAGGACGUCGAGGUUGGUGGCCAUGCGCGCAGAGCCGUGUACAUACACUGCAGUGUCGGCGACGAGCUCUCGGAGGAAGAUCUGGCUAAGGAAGCGAACGAGCAAGAGCAAUCCAUCUAUCCAUCGCGAUGCAUACAGAUCCCGAACCACCCGACCCGCCAGCAGGUCUCCACACUCCCCCAACCCCGCGGCUUCGAUCGCCUCCUCUCCGCCGGCUUCUCGGAAUCGGACGUUGCGGCCCUGCGCUCCCAAUUCAACCGCCUCCAUGGCGACGAUGAGGAGAACGUGCGCAUGCUGGAGGACCGCUGGAUCGACGAGUCCGCCGGACAGGGCGGCGAACUGGCGGACGGUAGUCCCGCGGGUAGCUACGAGGAUGUAUUCCUGGGCGCCACAAUCGGCUUCUUCUGGCCCAUGGCCGUCUUCCUGAUGAGGGAGGAGGAGGUCUUCUCUAAGCGCAUGCAGAUGUCCAUUCUCGCCGGCAUCCUUGUUAACUUGACGUUUUGCGUUUUAAGGUAUUCCUCGACCUAA